AUGGAGGAAAAACGCCAGAAAAUUAACCUGAUGGAAUCAACAGAGAUGGCAGCAUCUUUGGUGGGUUUGAGAUUCCACCCCACUGACCAAGAAUUGACUUAUAUACUUGGCUAUAUGAUCAGCCACAAUCCAUCCUUAUACGAACGUUUUGUGACCAUAGAUGAUCUUUAUGGAGACAUGGAGCCAUGGGAGAUAUUUGGGAAUAGCGAAGAGAAGUGCCGUUACUUCUUCACGGAGCUGAAGAAGAAGACGGCCAAGGGGAAACGAUUUGCUCGCACGGUUGGGAAGGGGAAGGGUUCGUGGAAAGGUCAAGACAAAGGCAAACCCAUUCAAAACCGUGAAGGAAAAGUUAUUGGAUACAAGAGAAGUUUAAGGUACGAGAAUCUAGGAUCUACACAACAUGGUCGAUGGCUCAUGAAAGAAUACAGUCUCUCUUCUCCUCAGGAUUAUGUACUAUGCAGGAUUAAAAGGCUGGAUCACACACCAACUGUGGCACCUGUUUGCCAAAACCAGCAGAACGAGGAUGAACAUAUCAACAGCAGCAGGCAAAAAAGGCCUCGGUUAGAUGGCUGUGAGCAUAUAGAAAACCUGAUAACUGGUUUGGUACCAAUUUAUGGGGAGGUAGCAGACACCCUUGAUAGCAAUCUUUGUUCUGAUCCUGAAGACCUGAUGUUUGAGAUUGACAAUGUGGAUGGUUUCCCUGAGGACCUGAUGCUUCACAACUUGGAAUCUGCAACCAUCCCUCUUGGAACAUCGCCAUUGCCUAUCAGUUUGGAAGCUGAAUCAUCCAUCCACAACCAGUACAGACAUUCUUCUAGGCAAUGGGUGUUGCGGCAUGGAGGAUUGGAGAAGCAGUUUGCCUGA